GCGCUCGAUGCUGCGUCUACUUAUAAGAUGUCUAUGGUCACUGCAGCCAGACGACGGAGGACAAAUACUCGAAGUGUGAAAGAGUGAAAAAAACAUUUAAAUGUUUGAAAUAAUUGAUAGGGAAUCGACAAAUGUGUGUAGUGACGAAAUGAAAUAUAUCAAGUGACUUGAAAAAUCGAUGGCGUCGUACGAGGAGGAACUUUCUCGAACCAGCGAGGAAAAUGAGCGACGUCGACAACAACAGGCAGCUGUUAGCAAGACUCGAAAGGUGCUACACAUUGAAGACUACCAACAGCCCCCUCACAUUAAAGAAGAAAAUGAAGAACUCCGUACCAAUCUGGAGGUGAAGUGUCUCCAGGGACUGGAGGAGGCUGAUCUCAUUAAGUUGCCACCGACUGGUGUCUCUGUGAAGACUGACGACCACGAAGAGCAACCACCUGAGUCCUCACAGCUUCGCAUCAGUCCAAACAUCCAGCAGCUGUUUUGUCAUCAAGAACGUCCCCGGAAGCUGCAGGGGGGCAGGUCUAGUUUGGAGCAAGAGGAUCCACAACCCCCCCACUUUAAAGAGGAAGAGGAGGACCUCUGGAUCACGCAGGAGGGAAAGUAUAUUUUAGGGCCACAGGAGGCUGAUCUCACCAAGUUGCCACUGACCGUUGUCUCUGUGAAGAUUGAAGAUGAUGAAGAUGACGCACAAGCAGACCACCUCUUAGCUCCAAUGUCAGAUAGUGAAGACACAGCGUCACACUCUCCUGAAGAUGAAGACACCCAAGAACCUUUGAGCAGCGAUACAGGCUGUGAAGGUGAUAUAGGGACUCAAACUGACAAACGCUCUAAAAAGAAGACAGUUAAAAAACGUGUGAGCUGCUCCGUUUGUGAUAAAAGAUUUCCUUUUAAGAGGGAUUUGACUCCACACAUGCGGACGCACACGGGGGAAAAACCUUUUAGUUGUUCAGUUUGCGGUAAAGGAUUCUCUCGAAAGGGGAAUUUGGCUCGACACAUGCAGACGCACACCAGGGAAAAACCCUUUAUUUGCUCAGUUUGUGGUAAAAGCUUUUCUCAUAAGCACAAUUUGACUCAACACGUGUGGACACACACAGGCGAAAAAUCAUUUAGUUGUUCAGUUUGUGGUCAGAGGUUCUGUCAAAAGUCAAACAUGGUAAUACACAUGAGAACACACACGGGCGAAAAAUCCUUUGGUUGUUCAGUUUGUGGUCAAAGAUUCUCUCAAAAGUCAAAUAUGGAAAUACACAUGAGAACGCAUACUGGAGAAAAGCCUUUUGAUUGUUUAGUUUGUGGUAACAAAUUUACUCUGAAGAGUAAUUUGACUCGGCACAUGCAGAUACACACUCGAGAAAAACAUUUUAGCUGCUCAGUUUGUGCCAGAACCUUUUACUAUAAGCACAAUUUAACUCAACACAUGUGGACUCACACAGGCGAGUAAUUCUCUGGUUGUUCAGUUUUGUGUUUAAAGAUUCUCUCAAAUAUGGUAAUAAUACACACGAGAAGACAGUUGGGCGAAAAUGGUUUCAGUUUAUGACCAAAGUUAUUCUUGAGAAGACACGGCUAAAUAUGUUCCUUCCUGAUCAGUUUGGGCUAAAAGAUUGUCGAAUGAUAGAAACGUAAUGUCACAUGUGAGAAGUCACCUUGAAAGUGAGAUGUGCUGUGUGUAUGAUACCAGAUUCCCUCAUGAGUUCACAGUUGGUGUGCAGCUACAACUAUAUGCCAUCUAUAUUAAUUUAUACAAUUGUCAUUAUUGAUACAUUAAUGGUAAUGAAAUGUUUGUGUUGUGUAAAUGUUCUGUAUUACUGUAAAACAACAAAUAAAAUCUGGUUUAAUCAUCUGUUUAUGAUUGUAAUGAAUUAUAAUCUUACAAAUUGUUAUUAUGUCAAUUGCCUGUAAAUAUUAUCAUUCAUUUAAGUC